GAGGACUCGGGAUAGUCUGUUUGUUAUCAUCUAUCCUUACAGCAAGCGAAGCAUCAUCAUCAUUGAGAAAUAGAAUGAUGAGUAGCAUCAUAUCGUUUCCGGUAAUUUCUUCCCCCACUCAAGGUUUGCGUCGUCAGCUGCCUUUUUCUUCUUCUUCACAACCCCCUCUCUUUAUUAGGAAAAAAGUAGACAAGAAGAAGAAGCCCUUCUUCUUGUUGUGCUGCUCCUCUGAAGAAAAAGUCGAUUAUCAGGUGGUGAGUGCCAUCAACACCUCUUACAACGACAUCCUCAUCCUCGACUCUCCUCAAUCACGCAUGCUCCUUCUUGACCCUACCAACAACAUUCACAGCAUCUAUAUCAAGGGGGACGACGCAUGGACCGGUUCCUAUUGGGAUGAAUUUGCCAGCUUACCACCUAUAGUUCCUCCAGGUCCAAUUGCUAUUUUUGGCUUGGGUGGAGGAACAGCUGCACAUUUGAUGCUUACCUUGUGGCCUUCACUGCAGCUACAUGGAUGGGAGAUUGAUGAAAUUUUGAUUGAUAGAGCAAGAGAACACCUUGGCUUGGCUCAUCUCGAGAAGCAUACCCAAGGCGGAGGCCUUCUUACUGUUCAUAUAGGUGAUGCGCUUUCUGCAGCAACUGCUGUUUCCGGAGGAUAUGCUGGUAUUGUUAUUGAUUUGUUUUCUGGUGGAGAGGUUUUGUCCCAGUUGCAAGAGGUGCAAACCUGGUUAGAUAUAAAUGAUAAGUUGAUGCCAAAUGGUCGGAUCAUGGUGAAUUGUGGUGGCACCACUAGUGUUGCUGGAUCAUGUGGUGAUAGCGUUUGGGACCAAAAUUCCACAUUGAAGACUUUGUGCCAAGCGUUUCCUGGUCAAGUGAAUUGGAAAAAGAUGCCAAAAAGUGAGGGUGAAAAUUAUCUUGCCCUCACAGGACCUCUGCCAGACUUGACUCAGUGGGCUGCUGCUCUCCCUGAUAGAUUAGGCUCAGGUGUUGUGCAAUGGGCCUGUUGUGAUGCUCUCCCUUCGGCGGAUUCUGUUGAUGUUAAUACUAAUGUGUGAGGUUCUUACUGUAAGAGUAUUAGGGGGUUGGGUUGGGUCAAUUUGAUGGCUCAUGUGAAUCAUGUUGUAAUUCUAGAUUUCUAGGUAUGGUAGGCUUAUUUUUGGGUCUGGGUAUUGAGGUCAUUUUCUUUUGUAUUGUAACUUUUGCUGAAUUGGACAUAUAUAAAAACUGUAAUAUGUUGGCAUAAUCUUGCAAUAAUGAUGCAACAAUUUUGUA